UAUAUAUAUAUAUAUAUAUGUAAAGCAUCGAAAAGUAAAAAAAACGCUCAACACAGACACUCGUUCCUCUGGCAGCCAAAACAAUUCUAAUUCUUUAUUCCAAAUCCAUCUCCUUUUAUACCCAUUUUGUUGGUCGCUUGCUGUCUCACUCUUGUCUCCCUCUGUUUCUUUCUACUUUGCCUGUGGUACAUUUUACUACGGUACGUUUGUACAGCGGCACGUCCUAGCAAAAAUUAAACCUAACAAUCGGCCUUUCCUGACGCCUGAUUUGCAGCCCCUGCCAGGCACUAUAUUUCACUGCUUUCUUCGCUAUCGUAUGCUUCUAAAUCCUCAUUGUUGACCGUAUAAGUCCAAAGCUUCAUAUUGUCUGCACUGGUUGUGGUGAUAUUUGGCCCUUCGCAUUCUGCAGCUUUCCUGACCUUGAAACGUCCGUUUCGGUUCACCUGUGUAAUUUCGUAUGGCCCUAGAAAUUCGCUUGCCAAUUUUUUGCCUGCCACAAACUGUGUUCGUUUUAUCGCUACUAGAUCAAAUUUACGUUCCCCGAAAAAUGGGGUCUUUCACUGCACUCCCUGGCUCGGUGCCCUGGCUUGCCACACGCAAAACAAACUGGCCCGGCUGCUUUGUUUGGGCAAUCUUUGACGAUAUGUCCUGUUUUACCGCAGCUACGGCAUUUCAUACUGGCUGGAGGUGCAUAUUUUGUUUUAUUACUGUCAGGGUUCUUAGCAGGAAUUUGACGCUUAGAUCGUUGCUCGCGAAUUUGCUCUGCCAAUUUCUCAUAAGUUCGCAUUUGGCUUUUCAGUUGUUUAAUCGUUUUUGCAGCGAUCAAACAGGUUUUAUUCAUUGGAUCAUCGUCUAUUCCUUGUACUAUGUACUCACAAAGGGAUUGUUCAUCGACAUGUCCCUUUUUCCCGAUUUCGCACAUAGCGUAGAUAUAUUCUGAACAUGAUUCAUCCGACUUCUUUUUUCUACGUCGAAGUGAUUCGUGUACCGUUGCACUGGACACUUUCUCGUCGAAUUCUUCCACAAGCGCGUGCUUCAAAUCGAUCCACGACGAUACUUCCGGAAUGCUUCUAACAAAAGCCUUGGCUGCGCCCUGGAGAACUCGUUUUGCGUAAAUGAGCUUGUGAAGAUCAUGCCAUUUGAACAGUUUGCUACUUGUCUCAAACUCGAUCACCCAUGCGCAUACGUCUUCCUUUCCGGAGAAUGUAGGCAAAUAAUCCUGCACAUCUUUGAAGUGAAUGGACACGCCCCGGGCCUCACGCUCUACGCUCUCUCGUGACGACGUGCUUGACCCUUCUACCGCAUCCAAAUAAUCACCCACCCUCGUGGUGUCCUGAUUUCCACCUUCACUGUGCUCCACUAUUCUGCCAGCUAAUUCCUCCUUCGAACCGCUUGUGUCUAGCCCUAAGGCCUCACACCUUUUUACUAAGCCGACACGGGUAAAUUGCUCCAUCAACUCUUCGAUACUCGCCGGGAUAUCCAUAGCAAAAUUGCGUUAUCUCACUUCUGACACCAAAUGUAAAGAAUCGAAAAGUAAAAAAAACGCUCAACACAGACACUCGUUCCUCUGGCAGCCAAAACAAUUCUAAUUCUUUAUUCCAAAUCCAUCUCCUUUUAUACCCAUUUUGUUGGUCGCUUGCUGUCUCACUCUUGUCUCCCUCUGUUUCUUUCUACUUUGCCUGUGGUACAUUUUACUACGGUACGUUUGUACAGCGGCACGUCCUAGCAAAAAUAUGAAUAUAUAUAUAUUAUAUAUAUAAUCGCACACUCGCACACUGUCACUUCUUCGGACAUCGUAUUUGUCAAACCCCAAGAUGCUCACAAACCCAAGAUUACUAUAAACUCAAGAUGUUUACUGCUCGGCCUUUCCUGACAUGAUAAAUUGCCCUCAAUUUACUUAUAGACUAAGUGUUGCCAAAGAUACGCAAAAGGAAGUCAAUCACUACCCGGGAUCUGCACAAUCCACUUUCUCAACAUUCGCCUCCAACACUCCGUCAUAAGGAAGUUGGGUCUGCUGGCACCCAUCGAUGUCCCGAACAACAUAACGAUCGUUUGGAAGCCGUCUGUGUAUGACAUAAGGGCCCUUGAAUCUAGGAAUAAGCUUUUUGUUUGAGUUUACCGUAUUAUCUACGUUUCGUAUUACCACAAAUUCUCCUUCUACAAAUUCAGGGGCUGGUUUACAUUUCGACAGGUGUUGUUGCUCAUUAACUUGUUGAUGUUUCAUUACACAAGUAACAAUUCACCACUGCCAAAUUCACCACGAUCCCUCUUUUUCAGCAUUUGGAGGAACGGUUGGUUAAUGUUUGCGCAUGUCGAAAGGCCGAUGUUCAAAAUCCAAGAUGGCGGCUAUAUCGACUGUCAUGGCGGAAAAAAUUUACACUGGUCUGAACAAAGGAAGAACCUUGUUUUGUACAUGUUUACAAUUGAAUACAUAAAAAAAGCGAACUUUCCCCUUCCUCAGCACUUGUUGUUUACACCCCCACCCAUCUGCACUGCCUUGUAUUGUCGUUCCAGUUGUCGCUUUCUCUCAACAGUGAUUCUCGCUUGAUAUCGUUGCGUCGUGUCGCUCCUUUGGUGUUCCUGUGGAUAUAGAUUUGAAAGAGGUUGUUAUUAGAAUUGAAAUGGGACUGAUUGAUUGGUAGUCCGGUCUGUUAACCGCACGGCCAUUCAGGUGUCCUGCCAUCAUGGGUGUUAUUAAUCAAUAUGUAAUGGUAUUGAUUCAUCAUUUUAGGAUUAGCGGAUAUAAUAGAAACAUGGCUGAUAAUAAUGAGACACCCAAUAAUGAAAGAAACAGAGCAGUUCUACCGACUUCGUCUCGUGGCAUCACCAUCAUAGACAACAUAUUGAUAGUUCCGCCGAAAGCUGUUCAUUCCAGCACUUCCCGAUCAUCAUCUCCGCCAGCUUUUAUGCAUAUUAGUGCCCCCCUACAAUCAACAUCCACAGCAACGCAUUCUCGUCCUCACUCACAACCAGGAUCAACAAAACCUGCGAUUCCUCCUAAACCCAAAGUUCUUUCUGAUCCUGCUUCUGUUCCUAAACUUCCAAUGGCUCCAAAAACUAGCACAACAUUCAAACCUACAGUAGCACCAAAACCGGCAAUAGCAUCCAAACCACCAAUAGCAUCCAAACCACCAAUAGCACCUAAACCAUCAGUAUCUGCAACUGAUAUCGCAUAUUCAAAGAUGAAUCGAGAAGAAAGGAUUGAAAGGAAGAUUGACAUUGCUGUUAAAAUGCUGGAGAAGUUAUCACCGCAGGUUUCGAUGAUAAUGAACAACGUGUGUAGAAACGAAUAUACCGUCCCUAGGUCAUUUGAAGUAGACAGGAUAAGCGAUGAACAUAGCCUAAACAAAUUUGAACAAUCGUUACAAAAUGGUACGUAUAUGGUAAACCUAGUUUGUCAAAUCGUGCAUAUAUUAACGGAUGUCACAGAUUUUGACAAACGGUUAACAGUUGUUCUCGAUCUUUUUUUCGAAAAAGAUUUUUUGAAGAAAUGUUGCUGGACCGGAGAAGGCAAGCAGGGACCUAAAAUUUGCUUCUCGAAGUAUACGCAAAUUUUAAGUCUACUAAAAUUGAUUGGAGGCAAUCGAUUGACAGAGCUUACUGACGCCUACGUAAAAACAUUCCUAAACAAAAAAUUUUACAAUUGCAAGCCUUCAAAAAUCGAAAAGUUAGAAACGACAAAGAAACGAAGAAUAUCAGAAACGUAAUUUUUAUAUCAGGGAUAUAGUUAUUAGCUAUAAGCUUUUUAGAUAUUUUUUUCCUUUCGUUAUGAUGAACUGUGAUGAACUAUACCAAAUAGGGAUAAUAGGUUAAGUUUCUUUCAACUGUAUUACGAAUAUCAAAACUGAAAUUAAAUGUGAUAAAUAAUGGAACUCAA